CACCCGUUACAGAGUGGCCACGGGACGCGCGCGUGAAGCCGGGCCGAGAGUACACACUGUAGGCCGCCGUACAUUUUUGUUCCGUUCAGAGUCUACGGGAGAUAAUCGGUGAGUGUGCGCGGCGUAUUACUCGACCGAAAUUUAUUGGAAAAAGGGUAUUGCAUAUACACACACGGGCACGUAUGAUUUUCUAGUGUUGUUAUUAUUUUUCGUAUACGAAUUGUGAGUGUUGUGCGCGGUCUGCCGUGUUCGUGUACGCGUUUGUCGUUUUGCCGUGCGUUGCGAUAAUAUUUUCCUCGUCCGCUCAACGUACCGCGGCCGAAUCGAAUUACUGUAGAUUUCGUUUUCUCCGUUCGUGGCGUCCGUGUGCCGCCGCCGAUACCCCGGGAUAGGAUAUUCGUCCGAGAGGUGCGUCGUAACCUUUUGCCGUCCUAACCUCGUUUCGCGUUUCUCGCCCGCCGUUUGUCGUCGUCGUCGUCGUUGUGGUCGUCGUCGUUCGUUUCCCGUUAAAGAACCGCCGCCGCGCACACGCAGUGCCAACGAACGGGCCAUGUCCGAUGCCGGUGCGGACACCGACGUGCACGGCUGCAGCGGACACGUCGAGUGGUAAUUAUGUACGCUGCGCCAUUGCUAUGCUUAAUAUUCGGUUUGCCGAGUGCGAACGGCGCGGGCAUAACGUAGCUGACUCGUGUUACUAUGUACUACGCUGUCGUUGACGGGUGGCGGCGGCGGGGUGUUGGCAAACGUUCUGCUGCCUGUAACGUCGUCUAACAUGGCUGCUACGCACGCGGAAAACCAGCCGGGCGGCGACGUGAACAAUCGUGACCAAGAUAGGCCGCUGGAUGUGCCCGGUUUCCAGAACGGCAGCCACGAGCGCAGGGCGCCAAUGAGCGGCAGCAGCCUGCUGGCGCCUGAAUCGCCAAAAGGUAAGCAGCAGCAGGUGCCGACCAACCACCACAACUACGACGGUAUGAGCAGUGGAAACGGUGGUGGACCGCUGUACGGCCGGCCGGAGCAUGGUGAUCAGCCGACCGGUGACAGUGACAUGCCAAAAACAAACAAUUUCGAACAAACGCCGCCCGACAAGGAUGGCUAUCCGCCGCCUCCUCCCGGUGGCUAUCGUAACAGUUUUGGUCACCAUCAACCACCCUCUGAUCAGCACCAUGCCAAUAGCAAUGCCGAGCCCAACAGUUUUGGCCAGUUCAGGCAUGCUUACCCUAAACCGAUGAUGCGGGUGCCGGGACCUCCAGGAGCUAUGUUUCCCCAGCGACAAUACUUGUCUGGCCAGAGUAUAUCUCAACCGACUGGACCUACGCCCACGCUCAACCAGCUGCUGCAGUCAUCGAAUCCGGCAACACGUUAUCAGAACAAUUACGGCAACGAGUAUCCCAAACCUGAUGGUUCUCAACCACCACCGGUUCAAAACCAACAACAGCAACAUUACAACCAAAAUUGGCCACCACCAAGACACAACAUGCCACCUUUUCCUCCUCAACAUGGCAUGCCUUAUAGAAAUAUGCCACCAUCGGCGAAUCCCAGAGGACCUACCCCUCCACCAUCGCCUGGCCACCAGACUCAUUAUCCACCACCACCGUCUUCGCCCACCGGAUACCAGCAGCACCAUCGGGUACCGCCUCUACAUCAUCAGUAUCCGCCGGGGCCACCGUCUCAGCAGCAGCAAUCGCAGCAGCCGCCGCCACAUCAACAGGUACCUUAUGGCAGCUACCCGAACCAGCAGCCGCCGGUUGAUCGCCAGCAGCAGCAACAGCAACCGCAGCAGCAGCAACAACCGCAGCAGCAGCCCCAACUUCCUCCACAACCGCCCCAACAACCUCACGCCGUUCUGGGACAGACGACGUCGUCGCCGGCGUCGGCGAGCCCACCCGCUUUGCCACCCGUGCCGCAGGGUCAAAAUGCCCAGCAACACUCGUCGCCGACGCCGCCGCCACAGCCUCAGCAGCAGCCACCUCACCAGUCACCGCCGCAGGUUCAUCCGGAUUUGACAAGUCAAAAUAGUAAUGACAGCAAUUGUGGUGCUGGUACUGGCAAUGGUGGCACUCCUUUGCGGCCAUCACCGUCUCCAACAGGAUCUACUGGUUCGCGUUCCAUGUCGCCUGCUGUCACAGCACCACCAGGUGGUGGACCGCCUCAACAACAACAACAACAACAGCAACAGCAACAGCAACAACAACAGCAACAGCAACAGAACAUUCCAAUGCCGCCUAGGCCACCAAGCAGCCAACAGCAGCCUGACCAAGGGCAAGCUACUCAAAAUAAUAGAAUGAGUCAUUCGCCUAUGGGGCCACAACAAGGAUAUCAACAACAACCAUCCCCACAACCACCAGGUGGAAUGCCUCAUAUGACAGGUCCUUCAUCUGGAGCACCAGGAAAUCCGUAUAAAAUGCCUGGACCUAAUCCUUAUGGCCCCCCUCCACCUGUAUCUUCACAUAGUGGUUAUCCUGCACAACAACCAGCUCCGCCUAUGGGAUCAUAUCCUCAACAACCGCCUGGUAAUUAUGGUGCUAGACCUCCUGGUUUACCUUAUCAAGGGUAUCCACCACCUAAUAGUAAUGGUCCUCCACAACAAUACUCUCCUAGAGGUAUGCCGAUGCAUCAUGGCCCGCCUCAUCAAUUUCCUCCUUAUCAAGGAUGGCCUGGUAGUGGUCCACCACAAGCACCACCUCCAUUAAAUAAUAGUCACCAUAGUGGUCCUAUUCAACCACCUACACCUACCAAAGUACCUCCCCCAUCAUCUUCCCCACAGCAGCAGCAGCAGCAACAGCAGCAACAGCAACAACAACAACAGCAACAGCAACAACAACAAUCACCACAAUCACAGUCUCAGCAACACCAACAACCACCAAUUCAGCACCCUCCCCCUGCACAAUCCCCAUUACACCAUCACCAUCCUCAUCACCCACCUCCUCCAGGACCCCACAUGCAUCCACAUGCUCAUCAAAUGCAUCCAAUGCAGCAAGGCGCUUCUCCUGGACCACCGCCACCUGUCUCACCUGGUCCCAGGCCUCAUACACCACCUCAUCCCCACUACCUCAAGCAACACUUACAGCAACAACACAAAGGUCCUGGAGGCUAUCAGACAUCAGGCCCAAUCCCACCUAAUUCUGGGCCAGGAAAUUAUUUAAAUUCAAUGCCUCCUCAUAGUAUGGGUCCACCAGCACCAGUUCAAUCUAAUACUGGUCCUCCAAUGGCACCACCAAAUCCUUCGAUGAUGUCAGUUGAUCAUGAAGUUUCACAACAACAGCAAAGUCUUAGUGGUGUUGUAACUUCUGUCGUUACCACAGGACCUGAUGGUACUGCUAUAGAUGAUGCAAGUCAGCAAUCAACUCUAUCAAAUGCCUCUGCAGCUUCUGGUGAUGACUCAAAUUGUACUACACCUAAAAGAAAAGAAAACAUGAGUGGUAGCAUAAUGUACCAACAAGGAAUGGGUGGUAUAAUGGGACCACCAUGUUCACCUGCCCAUGAUGAGUAUUCAAAUCCAGAUCCAAUGGCACCUGCUUGGCCCAGAGGACCUCCAUCACAUAACCCAGUAUUUAAUAGCCACAUAGCUCCUCAAAAUGAACAUGUAUAUCGACCAAAGAAACAUGACAGCUUGAGUAAAUUGUAUGAAAUGGAUGAUAAUCCAGAACGACGCAUUUGGUUGGAUAAAUUGCUACAUUUUAUGGAAGAAAGAGGAUCACCAAUCUCUACAUGUCCUACUAUCUCCAAAAACCCUCUUGAUUUGUUCCGAUUGUAUAUAUAUGUUAAAGAGCGAGGGGGUUUUAUGGAGGUAUGCAAGGUAACAAAAAAUAAAAUAUGGAAGGAUGUAGCUGGUUUGUUGGGUAUUGGUGCAUCUUCAAGUGCGGCUUACACUCUAAGAAAACACUACACUAAAAAUUUGUUACCAUAUGAAUGUCACUUUGAUCGUGGUGGCAUAGAUCCUGUACCUAUAAUCAAUCAAGUAGAAUCUUCCUCGAAGAAAAAAAGUUCUAAAGCAACAUCUGUGCCUUCUCCUGGUUCUGCAGGAUCUAAUUCACAAGACUCUUUACCAUCUGCACCAACUGCUCCAGGACCAGGUCAUGUAGAUGGGUACCCAGGAUAUGGAGGUUAUAGUGGGCCACAAGAUUAUAAUUCACCUCAAAGACCUCCACACCCACCCCAUGGAACACAAGGAAGUUACCAAGGACAAGGUGGAUACAAUCAGCAGUAUCCAGGUGGUAAUGAACAGUAUGGACAACAUUAUCCACCAGCUAGUACUCCGGUUGGUUACCCGAGUGGUCCAGUGAGACCACCUUUAUAUCCACCUUAUUCAAAUGAUGCUGACAGAAAUUAUGGUGGUUCAGUUCCUCCUCCACAAGGCCCACCAAAUACUCCUCAGGGACCCGGGAAUGGUCAAGACCCAUAUGGACGUGGACCAGUUCCACCACCAUCUGGCUACCAACAACCUCCCAGGUUUCCUGGACCCCCGCCUCCACAGAAUUCUUCACCUGCUACAGUAAACCAAACACAAGGGGGAUCAGUUUCUACCCCUGGCUAUCCACCGGGUCAACAACCUCAACCAGAUUAUUAUCGACAAGAACCUCCUGCAAGUCCAGGAUAUCCACCUACUAGUGCUCCGGGUACUUAUCCAGGAAAAGGAAUGCCACCACCACAGCCACGUCGUCAUCCUGAUUUUGCUAAAGAUCAACAAGCUGGUCCUCCUCAGCCAGCUGGUUAUCCUGGUUAUGGUCCUCAGCAACGACCUAUGUAUCCAGGUCCAGGAUGGACAGGUACACCAAAUGCUGCCUCUAAUCAAUAUCCACGACCUGGGUAUCCACCGGGAUCUCAACCACCACAGAAUUGGUCACAGGGUCCACCACGUUCUAUGCCUCCAUCACAUCCAGGACAACCACCUCAGUGGGAACAACAUAGAUAUCCACCACAAGGACAACCUUAUGGUGCACAACAAAAUCAUUGGGGUCCAAUGGCGCAAGCACAAAUGAGAAUGCCAAGACAUGGAUAUCGUCCUGAUGGAAGUAAACCGUAUGGACCACAUGGUCCAAUGGCUCCACCACCACAUAUGAAGCCUGGAAUGCCAGGGCAACCAAUAUUCCAAGGCAGUAGCUUAAUGAAGCGAGAAGUUAUUUUCCCUCCUGAUAGUAUAGAAGCUGUAACACCAAUCCUUUACAAACGACGUCGAAUGAUGCGACAUGAUGUUGCACCCGUGGAUGCAUGGCGAUUGAUGAUGUCUUUACGUUCAGGUCUUUUAGCUGAGUCUACUUGGGCCUUGGAUGUGCUCAAUAUAUUAUUGUUUGAUGAUGUGUCUAUACCCUUUUUUGGACUAACACACAUGCCUGGAUUAUUAGAUGUACUCUUAGAACAUUUUCGGCAGUCAUUAGUUGAUAUGCUAGAAACAGAUAUCAAAUCGUAUUGUUGGUAUGAAAAGUCUAAAGUGAUAGAAGAUAUACCAGAUGUUGGUGCUGUAGAUAAUGUAAAUCCAAAUGAAAAAGCAUAUUUCCCUGAUCCUACCUUCCCUAAUCAACGACCAAUUAAGAGUUCCGCAAUUAUUGAUGGAUCUAAAGAAUUAUUUAUAAAAAAUGGCAAGAGAUCAUGGGAUGUGAUUGAUAAUUAUGACAUGGGAUAUAACAUUGCUGAAACAGAUACAAGUUUCCUUGUGCCUUGUUUUCGUUCAGAGUUUGGUCUUGUGCCAUUUGUCAAACUAUUAAAGAGUGAAAAACCUAAAGCAGAAAUAUUAGAUGAUAAGGCAUGUAUAAAAAAAGAAUUAGAUGAUAAGGAGUUAGUACAAAACAGUAUUGACAAUAUUGUAAAUAUAAAAAAUAUUAAUGUGCGUGAUCCAAUGGGUGUACUGAAGCGUAAGAGCAUAACAGACUACGAAGAUGAAAGUUAUUCUAAAGAUGAGUCAAGCUUGUCAUUAAUUAGCGAAAGCCAAGAUUCCAUCGGUAAACGGUGUGUGUGCAUAUCGAACAUCUUACGAAAUCUUUCAUUUGUUCCUGGUAAUGAAUUAGAGUUUGCAAAAAGUGGCCCAUUUCUUGGUUUGGUUGGCAAACUGUUAUUAACUCACCACGAACAUCCGCUACGCUCAUCUAAAACUAGGAAUUAUGAUAAAGCUGACGAUGACACGGAAUCUUUAUUCAAUUGCACUACAACAACAGAUGCCGAUACAAUUGAACCAGGCAAUGACGCCAAGUGGUGGUGGGAUUAUUUAGACGUUGUCAGGGAAAACUUGCUAGUUUCUUUGGCCAACAUUGCUGGUUACGUUGAUUUGAGCACGUUCAAUGAAGAUAUUUCUCGUCCUAUUUUGGAUGGUUUGCUACAUUGGGCUAUAUGUCCAGCAGCUGCAGGCCAGGAUCCGUUUCCUUCAGCACCGCUCUCACCUCAGCGAUUAGCAUUAGAAUGUCUGUGCAAGUUGUGUGUUACCGAUAAUAAUGUAGAUCUGGUCAUCGCUACUCCACCUUACUCAAGACUAGAAAAAUUGGCCAAUGUCCUCACCCGGUUAUUAUGCAGGACUGAAGAACAAGUACUCAGGGAAUUUGCAGUAAAUUUGUUACACUACUUAGCGGCUGCAGACAGUGGUAUGGCACGUACGAUAGCGCUUCAAAGCCCAUGUGUUUCAUUACUGGUAGCAUUUAUUGAACAGACUGAACAGAAUGCUCUGAGUGUGGUUAACACUCAUGGGCUGAAUGCACUCCGCGAUAAUCCCGAUUCAAUGGGAACUAGCUUAGACAUGUUGAGGAGAGCAGCGCGCAUAUUGUUGCUGUUAUCUAGACAUCCAGACAACAGACCUUUGUUCUUGCAACAAGAGCAGAGGUUACUGUCGUUAGUCAUGAGCCAAAUACUCGACCAGCAAGUGGCGGCUCUCAUAUCGCGAGUCCUAUUCCAAUGUUCCAGAAAUACGCCGUCUCCUCUCGCCCAAUAACGAUACCAAUGCAAUUUUUAUUCUUCCAGAUUUAUUCUUUUAUUUAAAGUUGUAUAACGGUUUUUUUUAACACUUACUGAAAAUUAAUUUUGUUUAUGUUUAUUUAUUUAUAAUUGAAUUGAUUAAAAUAGUUAACUAUUUUACGCAAACAAAUUUCGGGAAUCUUUUGUUUUGAAUCAGUUGGACAAAAACAAAAAAAACUAAGAAAUUUAAAUAUUAUAUAUAUAUAAAAAUUAAAAUCCUUAGACAAAUCAAACAAAGAGACUGACCGUGUGAUUGUUUUUAGAAUUUUUUUCAAGCUAAUCAAUAAUGUUAAUUCCUUUAUUAUUGAGGUUUUGUUAAUAUUUAUAUUAUAGCCUAUAAAUAGUUUACAUUUUCCGCAUUAAACAUUGUGUAUAGUGAACACUUUUCUUUUUUUUAUGUAUAUAAUGUCCCAAAUAAAUUUUUGUGGGGGUUAUUAUAAAUUAGUCAAAACUGAUACUUAAAAAAUGUAACAUUGAUUUUUAUUUAUUUUUUUUUUAAUAUUUCAAAAAAAUAUUUUAUACUUUGUAUUGUACUGUAUAUAAUAAAAUGUGUCUAUAGAAAAUAAUAAUAUUAAUAAUGAUAAUGUUGUAAGUGCGUUUAUUUUUAUUUAUUUUUUAAUUUAUCUCAACCUGAAAAUAAUAAUGUUAAAUUGCCUCAAAAUGAAUUGUAAGUAGACUAUAUUAAUUAAUAAUGUAAUAUAAAAUAUGUUAUUUCAAUAAUAAUAAUAAUUAUUAUUUUAAUAUAUAUGAUAUAUAUAAUUUUUUUUUUACAAAAGAAACAAAUUUUGUUUUACCUAGAUUAUGAUAUAUUUAUAAAAAAAAAAUUAGUGUUUAUUGGAACUGAAUGGACACGUUGUAAAUAUUAUCGCGCGUGAAUAUUAUUGUCAUGUACAGUUAAGUAUUUUUCUUUUUGUACAAAAUCGAAGACUACAUAAAACAAGUCGUAUAUUUGUAGAUGUCAGGCAUGAAUUAAGUGAAAAAUAAAUGGUUGACAUUAUUUAAAAAA